AUGCGACCUCUCCACCUUGCAUGGAUGCUAGUUGCGCCUUAUAUAACCUUAGUUUCUGCACAGGACCUCACGCCAUUUACAUCCUGGAAAAACCCUAACAUCGCAUCGUCUAAGGAUGACCGCAUUAGCAUUGCGAGUGCGGCUCUUGAAAAGGCAGUUAGCAUGCUCCAGCCUAAUGGGAAAUUCGGCGAUUCCACACAUGCAACUUCCAGCAGGCUUUACGCACAAAUGGCUGAAUUUGAUAGAUUGACGAACCAAACCAAGUACAAGGAAACAUUAAAACAGGGUUUUGCACUGGCAAAGUUGGAUAAUUCUGAAUUUUUGAACAAGAUAUCAGUAUGUUCUAAGCAUUAUGGAUAUGCUGCAGCUCGGGCUUACAUCACUUAUCAAGACCCAGACUUCCUCGAUUUUUCUGUGACUUUGUGGACUUCUGCAAGGUGUUAUAUGAUAUCUAAGGAACAAGCUGUGUCAGGAAACACAGAUGUUAAGCAAUUCAAUCUCAGUACCUCAUGUCCAGGUGCAACGUCUUUAGCGGGUGGCACCUAUUGGGUGAGUCAUGAUCUACAUCAAUGUUUAAUUGAUCCAUUAAGGAACUAG